CCACGGCGUUUCGAAGUAAUUUCUUGUGUCUUAAAAUGUGCUCACAAUGUCUUUAGCUGGAGCGCUGUGGUUUGCUGUCCAGGAUGAUUUAUUCACAAACGGACUGUGUAGCAACUCCUCAUCGCCCAGCAUCAGCAACAUAGCUCCAGACAAACAAUCCAGCGUCAGUGAGCCCACCUCUGCCUCCGAGACUCACAGUGUCCUGGACGAACUGGACGAUUGCUUAAUUUCUCAGACUUUACCUUUCAAUCGACGGUGUUUGCGGUUCAUCGUCGAUUUCAUCCAGGCCCGUUUAAAGAAAGACGUGUUUGCGGCCGGCCACAGCCUGACCUCCGCAGAAGCCAACAUUCUGGCCACGCUUGCCUGCUACGCACAGGGGUCUCUGUCCGGUAAAAUCACCGACCGGCUGGGAAUAGAUCAGACAGCCGCGGGCGAGGCGGUGAAGACCAUUACUAAACUCUUAGCAGACACGAGUCCCGAUUUCAUCACUUUCCCGAACAGCUACAACGACCGCAUGGGUGCCGCUCAAGCCUUUAAGAACCUGAGCGGCAUCCCGCAUGUGGUGGGAGUGCUGGGGUAUCUGCACGUGAAGGUGAGCCCUCCGCUUGGGGAGGAGCACAUGUAUAUGAACGCUCUGGGCUAUCACUCAGUCAUGAUGCAGGUCGUAUUUGACAUGGACGGGAAUCUCUUGAGUCUGGAGCAGUGCUGUCCCGGAGGAACUCCUGAACACACUGUUUGGGAGAAGUCGGACAUUGGCAGACAGUUCUGCAUAUUUCAACACGGUCACGCGUGGGUUGUUGAUGGAAUGAUAUCUUGAGAAGAUGAAGUUGAUCUUAGACGUUCAAGGAUUGGCUUUACAGGAUUCAAAAGAAACGGGCUGAAAAUCGCUCCACGGCAUCGGACCGCUUGAUCUCUCAGGUUGAACAGAAUUC